AGUAAGCCGUCGAAGUUCAAAGUUUUAAAAUCUUAUAUUUAUUCAGGAAAGAGAAAACUUAUUACUACAAUGGAUUUUAGUGAUAUUGAAAAAUCAAAAUUUUUUAAAAAUGAAAAAAAUUUAAAAAAAAAUUCUAACCAUCAAACUAUUAUUAAAACUAAAAAAAAAAAUUCAAAAUCAAUAAACAGCAGUAAUUUUGAAUGCGAUAAUACUGUUAAUGUAGAUAAUAUACAAAUAAAUAAUAUAAAAAGUACAUUUUCAAAAUGGUCUCCGAGUAAUUGGAAAAAACAUUUAAAUAAUAUUAAAGAAAUGCGUAGAAAUUAUACUGCUCCUGUUGACAGAAUGGGCUGUCAGAAAUGUGCAGAUGAGUCGGAAAGUGGUCCAGUUUUCCGAUUUCAAACAUUAAUAGCUUUAAUGUUGAGCAGUCAAACUAGAGAUCAAAUUACUCAUAACGCAAUGCAACGUUUAAAAGAAUGUAGAUGUACACCAGAAUAUAUUAUUUCUAUUUCAGAUGAAGAACUUGGAAAACUUAUAUUUCCAGUCAGUUUUUGGAAGCGUAAAGUGCAAUAUUUGAAAAAGACAUCAAAAAUUGUACUUGAAAAGUAUAAUGGUGACAUUCCAACCAAUAUACACGAGCUUUCAAAUUUACCAGGUGUUGGACCAAAAAUGGCUCAUAUAUGUAUGAAUAUAGCUUGGAACAAAAUAUCUGGAAUUGGUGUCGAUACACAUGUACACAGAAUUAGUAAUCGCUUAAAAUGGGUGCCUAAACCAACUAAGAGUCCAGAAGAAACGAGACUUGCCUUAGAAUCUUGGCUCCCUAAAGAGCUGUGGAGAGAUAUUAAUUAUCUAUUUGUUGGCUUUGGCCAAGAAAUUUGUCGGUCACAGCAACCAAGAUGUUUGCAGUGUUUGAAUAAGUCUAUCUGUUGUUAUAAUAAUCAAUAUCAAUUUUAAAUUUUUUUUUAUUUUUAGUAAAGAAGUACUUAAUAG